CUUGCGUCAUGACGUCACUCGGGCCUCGCCUACACGCCCCGCGCCCCGCGAGCUGUCAUCACUUUACCGGGAGAGGCGAAGGGCAUCCGGGAUACCGGCCGAGAGGGGAGCCGCUGAAAACGCGUUUCUGGAGUGGACAGACAGACCGGUGGACGGAGGACGUUUGAUUCAUCCCUCUCUGUUCCGGGUCGGACUUUGCUGGACUGACCUGUUUUUUCUUGGACCCCGUCGUCGAGGUUGAGGACAUCCGGCGGUGUGCGUGCGUGACACGUUAAGGACUGCUGAUGCAUCGUUUAAGGACUUGUGCGGCGCGGUUGCGUCCGCUCACCGCCUCACAGGCGGCUCAGACUGUCGGCCAGCAGCAGCGGCCAAUCACAGUCACCUCCACGGGUGGCGUAAGGACGUUUCAGCCAAUCAGGUGCUACACCGCACCUGUGGCCUCGGAGCCGUUCCUCAACGGGACGAGCUCCAACUACGUGGAGGAGAUGUACUACGCCUGGCUGGAGAACCCCAAGAGUGUUCAUAAGUCGUGGGAUGUAUUUUUCAGGAACGCUAACGCCGGCGCUCCUCCCGGUGCUGCCUAUCAGUCUCCUCUGGGUCUGACGGCAGCGUCGAGCCUCGCCGCUCCUCAGCUGUCCUCUCUGGUCGGAGCUCAGCCCAACGUGGAGAAGCUGGUGGAGGAUCACCUGGCCGUCCAGUCCCUCAUCAGGGCCUAUCAGAUCCGAGGGCACCAUGUGGCCCAGUUGGACCCUCUCGGCAUCAUGGACGCCGAUCUGGACUCGUGUGUCCCCACUGACAUUAUCACCUCCUCCGACAAGCUGGACGUGGCUGUGUUCAAGGAGAGGCUGAGAAUCCUCACGGUAGGAGGCUUCUACGGCCUGGACGAGUCGGACCUGGACAAGGUGUUCCGGCUGCCCACCACCACCUUCAUCGGAGGCUCGGAGAGCGCUCUGCCGCUGAAGGAGAUCAUCCGCCGCCUGGAGAUGUCGUACUGUCAGCACAUCGGCGUGGAGUUCAUGUUCAUCAACGAUCUGGAGCAGUGUCAGUGGAUCCGACAGAAGUUCGAGACUCCUGGAGUGAUGCAGUUCACUCUGGAGGAGAAGAGGACUCUGCUGGCCCGGAUGGUUCGCUCCACCAGGUUUGAGGAGUUCCUGCAGAAGAAGUGGUCUGCAGAGAAGCGUUUUGGUCUGGAGGGCUGUGAGUCUCUGAUCCCGGCUCUGAAAACCAUCAUCGAUAAAUCGUCUGAGAACGGCGUGGAGAACGUCAUCAUGGGCAUGCCUCACAGGGGUCGUCUCAACGUUUUGGCCAACGUGAUCCGAAAAGAGCUGGAACAGAUUUUCUGUCAGUUUGACUCCAAACUGGAAGCUGCUGACGAGGGCUCCGGCGACGUGAAGUACCAUCUGGGAAUGUACCAUCGGCGUAUUAACCGUGUGACCGACCGGAACAUCACGCUGUCUCUGAUGGCGAACCCGUCUCACCUGGAGGCCGUGGACCCCGUGGUGCAGGGGAAGACCAAGGCUGAGCAGUUCUACUGCGGAGACAACGACGGCAACAGGGUGAUGUCCAUCCUGCUCCACGGAGACGCAGCGUUUGCAGGACAGGGUAUCGUGUACGAGACCUUCCAUCUGUCCGACCUGCCGUCCUACACCACGCACGGCACCGUGCACGUCGUCGUCAACAACCAGAUCGGCUUCACCACGGAUCCCCGCGUGGCUCGCUCGUCCCCGUAUCCGACCGACGUGGCUCGAGUCGUCAACGCGCCGAUCUUCCACGUCAACGCCGACGACCCCGAGGCCGUCAUCUACGUCUGCAAGGUGGCAGCUGAGUGGAGGGCCACGUUCCACAAAGACGUGGUGGUCGACCUGGUGAGCUACCGGCGGAUGGGUCACAACGAGAUGGACGAGCCGAUGUUCACUCAGCCGCUGAUGUACAAACAGAUCAAGAAGCAGAAGCCGGUUCUGCAGAAGUAUGCAGAGAAACUGAUCGCAGAGGGAGCCGUCACCCGGCAGGAGUACGAGGAGGAAAUUGCCAAGUAUGAUAAAAUCUGUGAGGAGGCGCAUGCUCGCUCUAAGGACGAGAAGAUCCUUCACAUCAAGCACUGGCUGGACUCACCAUGGCCCGGUUUCUUCACCCUGGACGGACAGCCGAAGUCCAUGAGCUGCCCCUCUACCGGUCUGACAGAAGAAAACCUGAACCACAUCGGACAAGUAGCCUCCUCCGUCCCUGUGGAGGACUUCACCAUCCACGGAGGUCUGAGCCGUAUCCUGAAGGGUCGGGCUGAGAUGAUCCGUAACCGGACCGUGGACUGGGCUCUGGGAGAGUACAUGGCUUUCGGAUCGCUGCUGAAGGAGGGAACCCACAUCCGACUGUCGGGCCAGGACGUGGAGCGAGGGACGUUCAGCCACCGUCAUCACGUCCUCCAUGACCAGAACGUGGAUAAGAGGAUCUGUAUUCCCAUGAACCACCUGGCUCCUGACCAGGCGCCGUACACCGUCUGCAACAGCUCGCUGUCCGAGUACGGCGUCCUCGGCUUCGAGUUGGGCUUCGCCAUGGCGAGUCCGAACGCUCUGAUCCUGUGGGAGGCCCAGUUCGGAGACUUCCACAACACGGCUCAGUGCAUCAUCGACCAGUUCAUCUGUCCGGGUCAGGCCAAGUGGGUCCGACAGAACGGCAUCGUGCUGCUGCUGCCGCACGGCAUGGAGGGCAUGGGUCCAGAACAUUCGUCAGCUCGUCCAGAGAGAUUCCUGCAGAUGUGCAACGACGACCCCGACGUCAUGCCGGCCAUCACAGAGGACUUUGCGGUCCAUCAGCUGUACGACUGUAACUGGAUCGUGGUGAAUUGUUCUUCUCCUGGAAACUACUUCCACGUCCUGAGACGACAGAUCCUCCUCCCAUUCAGGAAGCCUCUGAUCAUCUUCACGCCCAAAUCUCUGCUGCGUCACCCCGAGGCCAGAUCCAGCUUCGACGAGAUGCUGCCAGGUACUCACUUCCAGAGGUUGAUCCCAGAAGCUGGAGUGGCAGCGGAGCGUCCAGAGGAGGUGAAGAGGUUGAUCUUCUGCACGGGGAAAGUUUACUACGAGCUCACCAAAGAGAGGAAGAACAGAGGGAUGGAGGGAAGUGUGGCCAUCGCUCGCAUAGAGCAGUUGUCUCCGUUCCCGUUCGACCAGGUGAAGUCCGAGUCGGAGCGUUUCUGCAACGCCGACCUGGUUUGGUGUCAGGAGGAGCACAAGAACCAGGGUUACUAUGACUACGUGAAGCCUCGCAUCAGGACCACCAUCCAGAGAGCCAAGCCUGUCUGGUACGCUGGUCGUGAGCCGGCGGCCGCUCCGGCUACAGGAAACAAAAACACUCACCUGAUGGAGCUGCGGCGUUUCCUUGACAACGCCUUCGGCCUGGACGCGUUCAAGGAUCAGCAGUAAACUUCUGACCUGCAACACCUGGAAUAAACCCUCACCUGUCUGACCUUUGA